GAACGCCUGGCGGAGUGAUUUAGUAAGGGGUACACCCAAGUCUGUGUCUGGUCUCAGCGGCUGUUCUUCGUUGCCUAGACCAGAAGAAAGCCGGGACGUGACUGAGCCGGGGGUUGAGGUUGCUGGAUGCCCGUUAACCAUCAAAAACAUACUGCUUCUUCUUCGUUGGAGAGACGACCGUGAUUUAUUUUCACUUGCCGUGCUUUAUUCCCCAUCCUAGAACUAAUAUCAAUAACAUGUCCUGGCAAAGCUACGUGGACAGCCUGAUGGCUGAUGGCAGCUGCCAGGACGCGGCCAUUGUGGGCUAUACGGACGCCAAAUACGUCUGGGCAUCGUUUGAUGGCGGAGCCUUUUCCAACAUUACGGCAUCAGAAAUCGACGUGUUGGUAGGAAAGGACCGGAACAUUUUCUUCACCACUGGGCUGACCAUAGGCGCUAAAAAGUGCUCGGUACUCAGAGACAGCCUGUCAACUGAUGGGGACUGGACAAUGGAUGUCCGGACAAAGUCUCAAGGAGGAGAGCCAACAUACAAUAUAACUGUAGGCAGAGCAGGCAAAGUCUUGGUCUUGGUAAUGGGCAAAGAAGGGGUCCAUGGAGGCGGAUUGAAUAAGAAGGCAUACUCGAUGGCAAAAUACUUGAGGGAUUCAGGGUUUUAGAUUAGAAGUAGCUUUUGUGGUGUACUAGAGGGAGUAAAAAAAUUAAAAGGGGAAAAAACAAAAAAAAAAGACAAAGCUCAAAAGGACAAAAAAGGUUUCUGUCAAGCUCGCAUCCACCCACAACACACACAAACCAUACACAGGUAGUCUCAUCAAAUAAACCCCCACCAGGAGCAUUUAAUGGUGCAGGGCUCAGACCCAGCCUCAACAGUGUAGUCCCAUAUUUAUCAGAGGUAGAACAAAGUGUUUUUAUUUUCCCAUCCCUGCUCUCAUCAUGCUGCUUCAAUUUUUUUUUGUCCUUUUGUGUACUCCAGCACUGGUUCUUGUCAUGGGAAAAGAUGGUGUCCACGGAGGACAGCUCAACAAGAAAGCAUUUCUGAUGGCUGAGUACCUGAGGAAGGCCGGCUACUAAAGCAACCUGUAACCAGCUACCUAGCAGUUCACCCUUGCCACCCUGUUUCAUUUGACACUACUUCCAGUCCUAGUUUGUAGUUUGUUUUUCUGCCUUCUCUCCUCCCCAUUUCUUUCCUCCCUUCCCAUUUAUCCUUGAACCUCUUCCCUCCACACAUUUGCUCUGUGUAUCCUUAUCUCCUUUCAAGCACUCUUUUGUUUAUCCAUAGUAAAAAUGAGCAUGUUGCUAAACAGGAUGUCAUGACAAAUCUGUAUUUUACAAAGACCAGCAAAAAAAUAAAAUAAAACUUAAAAAAAUUGGCAGAACUUAGACAAAGAAAGCUAUAGCAUCAAUUUGUAAACUAUCCUUGCUUUUUUUGUUUUGUUUUAUGGCACUAAAUCUUCUCAUAUCACACACACUCCCUCCUUGAGCAGCCUAUGCCUUUGGAGCGUUUGAGCUCUAACGAAGCUCAUCAUGUCUUCCUUUAUUUCCUUCAUGUCGAGGAGAGGAUACCGUCUUCAUCUUAUCCUCAACAAACAUCACACUAACCUCCCCCUUGCCAAAUUAUUUAGCUCCCACCAUUAUUUUGGCUUAAAUCAGAUGACACUAAAUCAUAUCUGACCCUUUAUUGAACACUACCCACCUCUCCCAGCAGAGUCGCUGUACUGUCCUGAAUCAGUUUUGAUUGAAGUGGGGUCAAUCCAGUUCAUGACAUCCAGAUGCAGUUAGUCCUCCCCAUUCCCCCUUCUCAUCCCGGCAUCACAAACUUCCCAGCUACACAAAAUCCAUGGACAUUCCACAGUAACAGGCUCAGGCACUUAACACUGUUUUGUUUGCCAUCUAAGUUUUUUUUUUUUUUUUUUUUGAAAGGCUGCCAUUUUUUGGACAGUAGCUAUCCCAGCAUAUACCAAUCUGGAGUGUGUCCAGAUUGAAUUUUGUUUUUGUUUUUUAUAGGACCAAGUGUAGUUGCAGCCCGGGUGUUUAUACAACUGCUCCAAAUCAUGUGAAGGAUGACUAACUUUUUCUGAUGAAGAAAAACUGUGACCAGGCGGAGAUGUUGUGGCUAAAACUAAAGGGACAGUGGGAGGGUGGGGGGUACAGGGCAGGUAAGGGUGGGAGAAUUUGGAAAAUAAAAAAUCCUCACUAUUACCGUUGAAACAACUGCAUUUGUACAAAGCCAUGCUGUGUUGACAACUACAUAACUGUGGAAUAAAUUGCCUUUAUAGUCACCUGAGCUACGGGGGGCGUCUGUUGAUCUGUCCACGCUCAGAACUGCUAACUUUAACGUCCAACUGAGAAACACCUAAUUUCUAAAAGUAGAAAUGACACUCGAUGGGAGACAAUGGUAUUGGUUGGAACAAAGAUGCUCAUGGUUGUCUUGUUGAAACUUAUCUACAGAACCUGUGUAUCCUGUGCCAUAAUGUAGAGAUCUGUAAGAUGGAUUUUACCCACUGUUGGCUACGGAGUCAUUUCAUCUGCACUUUUUUUAUUUUUUAUGUUUUAUUUGUAGUUUCAGCUCCAUUGUCUUAGGCCUUGUGGGAUAUGUGUACUCAAAAACACUGUUCAAGUCCUGUUAGCUGAUGUGUUCAUUUCCUUUCCUCACCACUUUAUUAUUUUUUUUUUCUUGCAUCUGGGAUACAGUCUUUAAUGCAUCUGAUGUUGUAUGCAUAAACCAAGAAAUGCCAUAAAUUGAUUUAUCACCUUGUUUACAGACAGAUCAAAUAAAUUUAUUCCAACCAGA